GAUUUACCCCUCUGUUUCUCCUCAUUUCCCCCUCUUCUUCCCCUCGUUUCAUCUUCCUAUCUCCUACUUUCCCUCUCCCCCUCUUCCUAUCUACCCUCUUCCCUCUCCUCCCUGUUCCUACGGUAUUGAUUUAUUUCCCUCUCACCCUCUUCCUAUCUCCUCCAUUCCCUCACCCCCCCUCUUCCUAUCCCCUUUCCCUCUCACAUCGUCAUAUCUCCCCCUGUCCCUUCCCCCUGCUUCCCUCUUCCCCCUCUUUCCCUGCUUUCCCCUCCCCAACGCUCGUAUUCUCUCCCUCUCCCUGGCUAUUGCAGUGA